CUACACGUGCACCGUCUCCAACAACAAACCAUCACAGGAUUCAGCAGAGCUCAAUACACAAGCCUCCUUUGAAGAGUUGGUAUAAUCGACUCUUCGGCCACCUCUCUCACUUUUUCCUGGACUCUGACCCCCGUCGCCUCACUACUGAUCACUGGAUACAACAUCACCUGUACCCCACUGAUGGAGGGGAUUCCCCUUCCAGAGCCUCUCGUUGGAGAGCAGAGAGACACCUCUGCCACUGUGACUGGACUCCACCCUGGCAUCAACUACACAUGUGUUGCUGUCACCUUUACUCCUUGGCAGAUCUCACCACCACAAAACAUCACCUACAGCACUUCUGAGAUUGUUCCCACAGGUUCUCCAGAGGCAUUUGAGGCAGUUGUGGGCCAGAGACAAGUUGUCUUUACCUGGUCUCCCCCACCUGUGACCCAGCGUAAUGGAGUAAUCACCAGCUACACCCUCUCCUGCUCCCCCUCCCCCUCCUCCCUCCCCCAGUCCCCCUCCUCUCAGUCUGGGAGCCUCACUGCCACUGGCUUCUCUCCCAACACUCUCCACUCAUGUUCUCUGACUGCCACAAACAGCCAGGGAUCCGGACCACCUUCAAUAAGGAUUUUCAUCACACUGGAAGAUUUCGUCUUCAACUGAUGAAAAACUAAGCGACAUUACCGAUGCCAUGAUGGAUGCACUGACUACUUCCUGCUCUAAUUGUGCAAUCACCAGCAGUAGGAUUGAUCAACAGAGCUUCACCUGCGACUCAGAGUCCCCCACGUAUGUGACAUAUCGAGCCAGACUGGAGGGAACCUCAGAGACAGACAGUGGCUCCCUCAUACCUCUGAUAGAGGCCUGGGCCAGAACUGGACCCAACAUCACUGCUGGUGGACUACUGACUGUCAACCCACAAUGUCCAGUCUCCAUCUCUGACAAUAAUGAAGGACAAUGCCAAUCUCCCACCAGCGACUCAAACAAGUCGUUCUUCACCCUCCAAAACAUUAUCAUAAUUGCAGGGUGUGGUACAUUCUAUUGCAUGACCGGUCCCUAACAAUAUUCAUUUUAUGACGUCACAUUUUACUUCCUCAAUCAUGUCACUAUAAGUAGCAUGCAUUUCUAGUGUGUAUAUAGUGUACUUCCUACGACUGUACUAUUGAUCAGUUGUUACGAACCUACGAUACAGGGGUUGGGGGAGGAGCUCUCCUUCUUAUCGUCCUCGUCUGUAUCACGAUCCUCUGCUGCUGCUGUUGCUGCAGCCACAAGAAAUCAUUCACACC